CGUCAUCCCAAACUGCCAGUUUCGCUCCAAGACGUCCAGAUUAAAAACCUUCACGGCGAAUCAGCUGGACGAGAUCAAAGAUCCUUCGGGUCUGUUUUACAUCCUGCCCUUCCAGAAGGGUUACCUGGUCAACUGGGACGUCCAGAGGAAAGUGUGGGAUCACCUGUUUGGAAAAGAGAUGUUCAAGGUUCGUACUUUUCCUUCACAGAGUCUUUUUCUCUUUGUUUUUGCUCUCCUGAUCUGAUCGUCUC